AUAGCGCUUGCAGCCGCGUGCAACAUCACUGUUGGCAGCUUUGGUCCUGAUCUGCAUGUGGCCGAGGCUGCGCUCGCCCGUUCCAUUUGUGGGACCCGCGUUGAGCCCGACACGCGUUUGACAAACACCUUUACUGUCGCAGCCGCUGUUAGCGCCGGAUGCUGUCACCUGGACAACGGCGUGCUCAAGGUCCCGCUGUACCUGUUUGCGGCGCGCCUCCAGGCUGAUUUGAAGGCCUAUCCACUGUCUUCUCUUGCACAUCAACUGUAUCUUACUCUGACUGAACCCGGCCACGAGUGGGAAAAGUUUGAGGUUGUGGUCGUCAUUUUACUGCAAAUGCGACGGAUUGCCGACUCGAUUGAAACCUCAAAUUCUGGCAUUACUGUCCCUGGAGAGCCUAACUGGGCAUCUGGCCUGCAUCUGAACCAGAUCACUCAGUCCGAGUUUCAGUCGAGCGCCGAUGAGGCCAGAUACCCACGCACUUUCAAUGAUGUCGCGAAGGCACACAGUCGGAUUUGUGGGAUGAAAGGCCCGGACGGCACCGACGGUUUGCUGAUGUCCUCGCUUGAUCCGGCCCCUGCGGUUGCACAAGAAGCCCGAAGCUGCAUUGCUGGCCUUGCCGGUGCUCCCAUUGCUGAAGCAGACCAGCAAGCACGCUCACGCCCUCUUGUCGAGUUCAUCCAAACGAAGCAUUCAUUGCAAGACACGACAGUGUCCAACACUACCAUUGAAGGUUUGUACGGAAAGCUCGCUAGGAUGGCCACUGAUCAGCCAUUCUUCUCGAGGUCGGCUCCUGUGCUUGGUAUUGUGACGGCAGCGCGCCUUGGUCGCACGAUGAACAAGUAUGCAAUCCCAAACUACUGCUGGCUCGCGACCCGUGAAGAUCUCCCCGCUCUCUUUGGUGGCUUCAGCGACCUCGUUCAAGCCAUUUUGUCACCGAACAUCAUUUUUUUUGUAUUACGUUUAUUGGAGAGUGGAAAAAGCUUCUAA